ACUGUGUUUUAAUUAUAGUUUUUGAAGGAGGUUUUUGCUUGAUGUAGAAAUCUAUGUUGUAGUUCUUUUUCUAGAAUUUGCAUUUGUUUCUUUUUAUAGUUUCCAUUUCUCUGUAAAGAGACCCUCUUUUCUCAUUAAAAGCAUAUUUUUCUGUAAAGUCCUUGGGCCAUCUUGGAGAUGGUUUCUCUUAACUGCUUUUUUCCUUGACUUUGGGACACAUUUUCAUGUUUAUUUAUUUAGUGAUUUUUGGAUCACACCCUGGGUAAUAUAGAUGACACAUUUUAGAUGUUGAGGAUUCUGUUCUUAAUACUGGUGAUGUUUUGUUCUAGCAGGCAGUUUGCUUACUAAUUGAUCACCUUAAACUUGCGUGGUCUUGGUUUUAUGCUUUAAUAGAGCAGAUCUUUGGAAAGUCCAAGAUGUUUCCCAGGCCUUCCUAAGUUGAUGAGACUUGACCACAAGGCUGGGUCUCACCUGUGGACUUUAGGUUUUGUUAGGGCAGGUUAACAUAGGUCUUACUCUAGUGUGCGGUCUUUACUUCUGUCAGGUAGCUUUUCAUAUGUCAGGAUACCUUGGGUGUUAAUGAGGUCUCUCCACUCUGGAUGGUCAAAAACUCCAGUGUCUCUCAAUAGUGUUUGGCCUUUUGGAUAUCUGUUUUGCUCUUAACCCUGUAGCAACUGGUGUCUGUCAAACCUUGCAGUUUCACUCUGCUCAUGUACAGUCCAACUUUUGAUCAACAGCUUAAGGGGAAACCCCAUGCAAACUUCUGUCCCUUUUCCCACAGCUCCCUCCCUGCCCUAAACUUCAGAUUUCAGCCACCUCAGCAGUUGCCAGUUCUGAUGUCUGCCUCCUCAGUUUGGUGAGACCACUGUGCUCUGCUUGAGCUCCACCUUUCUGUGCUGUGGUUAGGAAAUUGUCCCAAGCAUACAGCCAGGAUGAUCAUGGGACUUACCUCACUUCUGUCAGGGACUGCAUUCUUGCCUGCCUUGUUGUCUAGUGCCUGACAACAGUUGCCUUAUAUGUUUUCUCCAAUUUCCUAGCUGCUUCCAGGGGGUGGGCUAGGCUCUAUUACCGGUUACUCUGCCAUGACCAGAAACAGAAUUCCCCAAGCAUGUACUUAUUGAGCACUUAACAUCUGUCACUCUAGCACACUGGGUGCCAUGUGAAUAUAUGAAUGAAAUAUGUGGGUUUCUUUUUAAACAAAAAUAAAUUUAGUGAGGUCCCCAUGAGAAAUGUGAUAUUGGAUUAAUCACUUUUACACCACUUUUCCCUUUUUAUAACUUGAAAAAAUUUACUUUCUUAUUUUUUUUUAAUGAUUUUUUUGAUGGAGGAUGGAUUAUUUGCAUGAAAUGGUAGGGAUGAGGACAUUGAUUCUUUUACCUUAAGAAAAAAGCAGCUAUUAAAAGCUAGAUUGUUAUACUGACUUCUGAUUAAGCCAGACACACAAGUGAUUGGGUGUUUUUUUGAUUGUUGUGAUUAGAGUUAUAGAGAAAUGAUGACCUCUAGCUCCUUCGUAACAUUUAAGGAUGGACCCACUAAUCCAAAAUUAGGAUUAUCUGCAAGAAAGUUAACUAGAAAUAGUGCAUGAUUCUUUGAACAUAUCUUAAUAUUAGCUUUGCCAUUUAAUGUUUCUCUUUUCACCUUCUUAGUUGCCGUCUUCUUUAUAAGUAUGGUGUGCUAACCGAUUGCACCACUGGAGCUCCAUUAGUUGCUAUCUUCUAAAUUCUGAUACCAUUCACAUAAAAUAGUGAGGCCAUAGGAAUAUUUUUGAGGUAGUCAGUAUUUAUUCUAAACCCUCUUUAAAUAAGCCCAAGGCCGAAAGUUUCAGGUAUGACCAGUUUUUCAUAAAUUCCCAAAUAGACCUGUUUUCAACAUGGCACUCAAAAUUCCCAAGUAGACCUGUUUUCAACAUGGCACUUGGAAAUUUCAUUAUACCUGUUGGGGAAGACUUAAUUUGUUCUCUUUAACCUCCUAUUAAUUAUGGAAGUAUCUGAUCAUUUCAACAUUAGCCUUUAUUCUUAGAGCAUUAAUGUAAAACCUAUAGUAAAAAUACUUUUCAGGGUGCAUUUCAUUCUACUUGGUCUGGACAUUUGAAGACCAAGAGAGAACAUUAUAAAAUGGGCAGAGUGAUGGUGGCUGUUUAGAUCUGGUAUCAAUCACUGGUUUGCUUUGCAUCUUCAAGUUUACAAUCUUUCAAAAUAGAAUAGUAUAUUCAUUGAGCAGUUUCAAAAGAGCCACAGUUGACUCCCGGGCAUCUCAGGUAGGGCAUGUUAAUUUUUUUUUUUCCUUAAAAUAUAUCUCUUUGUACAGCACUCAGUUUCAUUCUUUUUUAGUGUUUCUGUGAAGACCUGGUUGUCCCCAGAGACAAUUCCACCCAGCAGCACGUCACCUAAAAGGACUUGCCAAGCCAGACGAUGCCCACUGACCUGGGACAGGCCCUAGGCCUGCUGCCAUCACUGGCGAAGGCCGAGGACUCCCAGUUCUCUGGAACAGAUGCUACCUCUCAAGGGGAGCUCUCCAGCCCUGAGACUGCACGCCAGCUUUUCAGGCAGUUUCGUUACCAGGUGAUGUCUGGGCCCCAUGAGACCCUGAGACAACUCCGGAAGCUCUGUUUCCAGUGGCUGCAGCCGGAGGUUCACACCAAGGAGCAGAUCCUAGAGAUCCUCAUGCUGGAGCAGUUUCUCACUAUCCUGCCCGGGGAGAUCCAGAUGUGGGUGCGGAAACAGUGUCCAGGCAGUGGAGAAGAGGCAGUGACCCUCGUGGAGAGCUUGAAGGGAGAUCCUCAAAGACUGUGGCAGUGGAUCAGCAUUCAAGUUCUAGGACAGGAAAUCUUAUCAGAGAAGAUGGAGUCUCCUACCUGCCACCUGGGGGAAGUGGAGCCCCAUCUUGAAGUGGUGCCUCAGGAGUUGGGACUUCAGGAUUCCCCCUCAGGGCCUGAGGAGGUGCUGAGCCACAUCGUGAAAGAGGAAUCUGACACAGAACCAGAAUUAGCUCUGGCUGCUUCCCAGCUUCCUUUCCGACCUAAGGAAAGGCUCAUCCGAGACCAGGACUUUGGAGCCUCACUUCUCCCAACAGCACCUCAGGAGCAGUGGAGACACCUGGAUUCUACUCAAAAGGAGCAAUAUUGGGAUCUCAUGCUGGAGACCUAUGGGAAAAUGGUCUCAGGAGCAGGCAUUUCCAAUUCCAAACAUGACCUGAUUAAUUCAACAGAAUAUGGGGAAGAGCUGGUAGGACUGCAUCUUCAUGUCAAUGAGAAGAUCCCAAGACCCACCUGCAUAGGAGAUAGUCAAGAAAAUGACAAAGAGAACCUAAACUUGGAAAAUCAUAGGGACCAGGAACCUCUGGAUGCCUCCUGUCAAGCCUCAGGAGCAGCACCUUCUCAGGCUUCUUUGAGGGGCUUCUUCAGUGAGGAUGAGCCAGGAUGUUUUGGAGAAGGAGAGAAUCUCCCUCAGGCUCUGGAGAACCUCCAGGGAGAGGAGACAGGGGGACAACUCUCUCCUCAAGAAAGGAAUUCCGGGAAGCAACUAGGUCAGCAUUUGUUUAAUCCUCAUCCAGGAGAACUGUCCACCAUGUGGCUUGAGGAGAAGAGAGAGGCCUCCCAGAAAGGGCAGCCGAGAGCCCCCAUGGCCCAGAAACUCCCCACCUGCAGAGAGUGUGGGAAAACCUUUUAUAGAAAUUCUCAGCUUAUUUUUCACCAAAGAACUCACACUGGAGAGACAUACUUUCAGUGCCCCAUCUGCAAAAAGGCCUUUCUGCGGAGUUCAGACUUUGUGAAACAUCAGAGAACUCACACAGGAGAGAAGCCCUGUAAAUGUGAUUACUGUGGGAAAGGCUUUAGUGACUUCUCAGGAUUGCGCCACCACGAGAAAAUCCACACAGGAGAGAAGCCCUAUAAAUGUCCUAUCUGUGAGAAAAGUUUUAUUCAAAGAUCAAACUUUAAUAGACAUCAGAGGGUUCACACAGGAGAGAAACCUUAUAAAUGUUCCCACUGUGGGAAAAGUUUCAGCUGGAGCUCAAGCCUUGACAAACAUCAGAAAUCCCACUUAGGGAAGAAGCCCUUCCAAUAGCCAAACUCUCUUAGCCUAUUUCUGUGUUCCAGUCCAUUUAAAAAAUACUCAGCUCUAUCUGGAGGAAUUGCAUCUCUGAGAGGAUAUCUGUUCUCUCUCUUCUUCAUGGACUGGAGAGGAGAGAACACAGAAAUGGUGUUGGACUUGGAGGAUAUAUGUUGGCCUCUGGAUUGAAUUCGACAAUGGCUUAAUAUCUUGGUUUUGCAUCAGGAGAAAGAAUGUUCUUCAUGUUUCAGCUCAUCUCCUUUUUUGGACCCCUUGAGAAAAAAAUCUCAAUUGGAGAUCCUGUUUUAGAAGUGCUAUCUGGGAAGAGUUGAACUCAGGUAGCUGCAGUCACUGCUGCUGGGAAGAAAAUUGGUCAGCCCUUUAGAACUGGGGUGCUAGAGCAGCUCUUCUGUUACAGAAGGGGGAGCAUAGGAGGCCAGUGUUCUUUGUCAGACAGGUGAAAAAUUAACUUCAAGUGCCCCUUAUUCAAAAUAAACGUAGAGUUACUUCCUAUUUUUA